UGGUGUAGCUUUUAUGUGAUUUGAAAUGUAACUUCAACAAGACUCGAGUGCGCCAUUCUGUCGAAUUUCUACGUGAUUAUUUUAGUAUGAAAAUUGAUGGCGAACGGUGAAGUUUGCUGCUGAAGUUAUGCUCGAGAAAUUUAAUUUAAAAUGGAACAGACGAAUGUUACUCCUGGAAACAAGAAUUUUCUUUCCGGGCGGCCACCGGAUUUCUGGCCAGUUCUAACCUUAGCGGCCGAUGUUACCGUGGUGCUUAAACCCACAAAAAAUUGCACGGAGUUCUUGGGCAUCCAGCUGGUGGUUAGAUCGUCUAGGCUUCCGGUUGUGAUUCUGCACGUGGCCAAGAGACUCGACCAUUCGCAGAUUCGUCGGGAGGUCAUAAUCAAGGACAUCACCAAGGUGCCGAGGAUCAUUGAACACAACAAUAGCAGCGGGACUAUUGUUGGGACUGGUGAACAAAAAAAGUCUUCUGCGUGUUACCGGCGAGAGGCAUGACAUUUCGGCCAGAAUGAGCACCAUGACCAGUCAGACCAGCGGUCAGUUCAGCCGCUGACCCCACCGGACCAAUCACGUUACGGUCAACUUCGGUUCAAACUG